GCGGCGGCUCGCGCCCUUCCCCGGGUGGGGGAGCCGCGAACCCCCGGCCGGGCCGCGCGCGCGCCGACUGGAGCGCGGGCCCGUAGCCGGGUUCGCCCCGCACAGCCCCGUGCUCGUGGCCACCACAUCCAGAGCGCCAGCGACGACAUGGGCAGCCGCGGCGCGCCCGAUCCGCGCGCGGAUGUGAAUUAUUAAAAAGAAAAUGGCCCAACAGGACACUGUAUUUCCUUCUCUUGUCACCCAGGAAGGGUAUACUAUCUGGAAAAUAUGCAUCUAAGGCGAGUGAGGACCAUGCCCCGACACAGCCAGUCCCUGACCAUGGCACCCUAUUCUUCUGUGAGCCUGGUGGAGCAGCUGGAAGACAGGAUCCUCUGUCAUGAGAAAACCACGGCAGCCCUGGUGGAGCAUGCCUUCCGCAUCAAAGACGACAUCGUCAGCAGUUUGCAGAAGAUGCAGAACAAAGGGGGAGGGGACCGCUUAGCCAGGCUGUUCUUGGAAGAACACAUCAGGAAUAUAACCGCCAUCGUGAAGCAACUGAAUCGGGAUAUCGAGGUUCUCCAGGAGCAGAUCCGUGCCAGGGACAACAUCAGCUAUGGAACUAAUUCUGCCUUAAAGACGCUGGAGAUGCGCCAGCUCUCUGGCUUGGGAGAUCUUCGAGGAAGAGUUGCGAGGUGCGACGCCAGCAUAGCCAGACUCUCGGCAGAGCAUAAGACGACCUACGAGGGCCUCCAGCACUUGAACAAGGAGCAGCAAGCGGCCAAGCUGAUCCUGGAAACAAAAAUCAAAGACGCAGAAGGACAGAUUUCUCAGCUUUUGAGCAGAGUGGACUUGUCCAUCUCAGAACAGAGUACCAAACUGAAGAUGUCCCACAGAGACAGCAACCACCAGCUUCAGCUCCUGGAUACUAAAUUUAAAGGUACAGUCGAGGAACUCAGCAACCAGAUUUUAUCUGCCCGGAGUUGGCUGCAACAAGAACAAGAACGGAUAGAGAAAGAACUUUUACAGAAAAUUGAACAUCUUUCCUUGAUUGUUAAGGAAAACAGUGGAGCCAAUGAAAGAGACAUGGAGAAAAAGCUCAGCCAGAUGUCAGCCAGGCUUGACAAAAUCGAAGAGAGCCAGAAGAAGAACGUGGAAGGACAGAGAACGAAGCCGGAGGAGGAGAAGGUGCAUGGGCGGAUCAGCAAACUGGAGUUACAGAUGAAUGAGGACAUGAAGGAAAUGAAAGCGGAGGUUAACGCUGGGUUUACAGCCAUCUACGAAAGCAUAGGAUCCCUGAGGCAAGUGCUGGAGGCCAAGAUGAAGCUGGACAGGGACCAGCUGCAGAAGCAGAUCCAGCAGAUGCAGAAGCCAGAAACUUCCAUGUGAAGAGGGCUGGGACGAGGACCUGGCAGGAGAAGAGAUAGCCUGUGGGGCUAAGAACCAGACGCCUCUGCAGCCGGAUCACGGCUGCGUUCUGGAUCCCAUCCAGGGUGUGCAUGUGCCAAGAAACAUGUUCUCAUGGGUCUAAACGUUUACCUUAUUGAAAACACCUUUAUUCAAAAGUCUUCAGUACAAUUUUUACAACUGUAUUUCCCUAUCUAAGUGCAGUUGAGCCCUAUGCCCUCAGAUUUUGAAAGGCUUUUAUGAAUGAAAAGAAUUUAUUUUCAAUGCCUGAUGCUCUAGCCAAGACUACUAUUUUGGGAAAAAAAAAACCUGCCAUGGUGUUUUUUUUUUUAAUUAAGGAAUGAAUAAUGUAUUGCUCCUCACCCUACAUUAAGAGAAUGUCCUGGUAGAUUAGAAUUCAGCUUGAAGUCCACAUCUGGAUUGUUUUACUGUUGUCUAUGCAUUUAAAAAAAAAAUGUUGGGUUAUUUUCUUGUAAAUCACCUGUCUUUUGUAGAGAGAAGAGAUUUAACACUGGAGGGGGGGAAUCUUGCCAUUUAUAUAAUGAAAAUAGUUUUUUAAGAAUUGAUAACUGCCAUAUAGAUUGCAAAUUAAGUGGAAACUUACAACAUGUAUCUAGAUCCCUCAAGGCACAAAAUUUAUAUCCACCUAGUACCAGCUUUUAAUAUUUAAAGCUAUUUUGGGACCCAUGCACAGCCGGUGUAGCCAAUAGCCAUAUAUUUAAUAAUGGGACGGUGGCUCAGAGCAGUAUGCUUAUCAUACAGUUAACUGUUCAUCCAUCGCAAUGGACGUGAGGAUUGUUCGGACUUUACGAUUCACCUAAAUGUUCCCCAAACAGACACUAAGUGCUAGGGUUUAUAGACGUUUGUUGUAACUGUCUAUUUGUGCCUUGGUUUUUAUCACGCCACUGUACUGUCCCCUGUAAAAACAGAACAGAACAUUACCAACAAAACAGAAAGUGUGGUAAACACAUCAGGUCGCGAUGUGAAACUGGAAUCCUAUGUAUGUCCUUUUUAAGCGUCCUAACGAUGUUUUCAUUGUCAUGACGGGACGCAUUCGGCAUCAUUCACGGGAUGGUUGCACACACUUUUGUAUGGGCAGAGUCAGACUGAGGCUACAUUUAGUGUACCGUGAAGAGAUGUGUGUCCCGGCACCUUGGUCGAUGUUUUCUUUUCGAUCACCGUGUGUGAGUUGUCGAAGACUGGAGCCUGUGCUAUUUGCUCGCUUGUGACAGAAGACAGCGUGGUGAAGUGUGAGGGCACCCCAGGAGAGAGAGCAGGAGCACUUAGAAGUUCCGGGAACGCCACCAUAUCUUCUCCUCUCCUCUCUCAUUUGCAAGGACUCAGGAAAAUAAAGAUCAUUUUCUAUUUCUAGAAUAAAUCACAAUGAGAUUCUAA